AUGGUUGACGAAUAUCUUCGAAACAUCAAAUCAGUGUUCAAAAUCUACAAAAUCCUCGGAAUCUACCGACCAAAAGGAGUUCAUAUUGGACAUAGGAUCUACGGAUUCUUUUCUCGUUUGAUCUUCAUCGAUAUUUACUUACUUCUGCAAACCAUCUACUUCUAUAAAGUCAAAAACAUCAUAGACUUUGCAGAUUUACUUUCAAUGCAACUUACUUGGAUCUCAAUUGCCUCAAAAUCAUACAUUGUCAUCUUUAGAUUUGAAGCUCUCGAAGAAGUUCUUGCUGAUCUUCGAGAACUUUUGGUAUUUGCAAGUGAGAAUCAAGUCAAUUUUGGACGUUUCAUUAAAAAGCGUAUGGAUAGAAUUAGACGAGUUUUCAUCAUUUAUUGGAGUACCUGUCCAUUUACCAUUAACCUAGCAUUCAUUGCUGCUAUUAUGGAUGCUAAAGUGCCACCUUACAUGACUCAUUACAAGCUUUAUGCACCGCCAUUCUUCAAUUUUGAGCAAAAUUAUUUUUACUUCAUUAUUGCUGAAUUUUAUGCAAACAUUGGUGCUGAAUUUGCCGCUUCAACUGCUGUUGUCAUGGAUUUUUUGGGUGUUUUUUUCUUCAGCAUGGGAGCGGCAUUACUUGAAGAAUUAGCAGCUAGAAUAGCUGAAAUCGAAACUGAAUUGAAAGACAAAAUGACAAUCGAAAAUCGGAUAAAAUUUCAUAAUAUUGAAAGUAAGCAUGAAGAAAGGACAGUCCAGGAAUUGAAAAAGUGCAUUAUUAUUCAUGCUAGAAUUAAGAAAUUCCUUAUUUCUGCCCAAAAUUUGGUGUCACCGAUCAUCUUCUUUCAAGUUGUCAUCAGUACUGCUGUUAUUUGUAUGACUUGCUACACAAUUUCUAUGUUCUCACCAGCUGAUGGCGCAUCAGUCUUUUUCCGUCAAUUAACCUACAUGAUGCCAAUGGGUCUGCAAAUAUUCAUUCCUUGCUACUUUGGAAAUGAAAUUAUGAUUGCAGCUGAGAAGUUCUCAAUGGACAUUUUUCAUACAAAAUGGUAUCAAGGCUGCAAGAAAUUCAGAACAGCUUUCAACACUCUCUUGAUUCACGCAUCUCAGCCAUUGAUUAUGAUUUCUGGAAUUCUUUUCCAGGUUACUUUAGAGAAUUUUGUCACUGUAAGUCAGUUGACUUAUAAGUUUUAUGCAGUCAUGCAGAAUAUGAAUGCAAAAGAGGCAAUGCAAAACAUGAAGGAUAAAGAGGAGUAA